AUGAAGUACAAUGUAGAAAUAUUAAAAGCAUUAUGUGACACAUUAGACUAUUUAAAACGUAAACGACUACCAGCAACGAUCAAUCGUGUUUGUCGUUAUAUCGAGGAACAUAAUCCAAGUUUAAAGCGUUCAUUGAUACGAGAAACAUUUCGUCAAGGUGUUGAUGAUGAAUUAAUCAAACCAAUUGAGACAAAUAAUUCCUAUGUAACUGAAUAUAUAUGUGAUCAUAAUAAUGAAAUUUUACUAAAAACUUUAAAUACAGAUGAUAUAUCAUCGAUUAAUAUGGAAGUGUUGAAUAAACUCGUUCAAAUAGUUAAAGAUCUUGACAAUGAGACAAAUUCCGGUUGUUCGGUGAAAAUGAUUCGCGAUUAUAUAAGACACAAAAAUAAAGAAACGAAUUCGCCUAUGAAAAAAUUUGUUAUUAACGAAACAGAUUUAUGCUCAGCAUUAGGACGUUGUGUCGUCGAAAAUUUAAUCGUUAAAGACGAUAUUGAUAAUCGUUAUAAACCAAUACAACGAAAAACAACGACGAAUACUGAUCAGAAUAAUAGUGGACAUGAGAAAAACAUAAGACAAAAAACUCCACGUCAUCAAACGAUGACAACAGAUCCAAUACAAACAUCAACACCUCUCAUUCGACGACGAGGAAACGAAAAAAAGAAAGUGGCCAAACCAAUUCCGAUAUGUGGCUUUUGUUUGUGUACAGCCGAAAAAGGUCCUCAUGGACGAGCAGAAGAAAUGAUUAGUUGUUCUCAAUGUGGAAAUUCGGGACAUCCAUCAUGUCUAAAAUAUUCGGACCAAUUGUUGCUGUUUUGUGAUUUCUGUGAUAGCGGCGUACACGCGAGUUGUUGUGAUCCACCACUAACUCAAAUUCCAAAAGAUGAAUUUAUGUGUGAUUUUUGCCGUGAUGAAGGCAUGUCCGAAGAGCUAAAUAAAAGUCCACAGAAGAAACAAGAUAGUACGAAAUCAAACAGUUCACCAAAUAAAAUUCGUCCCCAUAAUAGUAAGAAACUUGACAACGAAGAAGAACAAGAGGCUGAAAACCCGUCGACGCCAACAUUAUCUCGAUCCGUUGCUCAACUAAUUGAUGGUAUGACAAAUUUUUUUCUGCCUAAAAAGCAGAAACAAACAACAAGUACCGCCACAUUAAUGCAACCAAAUCAACGUCGUCAAAAUUCGGUACAAAAAGCUGCUCAAUGUUUAAGAAAGAAAACUCAGCAACAAACAAUUAAACGUUCAAACAAUCAAAAUAAACAAUUGAACAGUAAUAGUAAUACAGAAAAUCGUUCGCUAGCGAAGCAUGUUUUAGCUGCAACAAAAACUGAACGAAUAAGACGUAAACCGGUAGUUCUUGAUGAAAUGAUACUUAAUGAUGAUUCACGUAAGACGACAAAUUAUUCAAUUGCUAGUACACCGUUAAAACGUCGAUCAAGAAAUUCCAUUAGUAGUGCGCUGGAAACACCAUCUCGUACAACGCGAUCAAUAACAAAUCAAGAACAACAAGAACGAACACCGAUUCAAGAACCUGUUAAACGUUCAUUAACAUUAUCACCGGAGCUACUAAAUAAGAGAGUACGUGUUAAUUCUUUAAACAAAAAUUUGGAUAAACGUGAUAAAAAACUGACGAAGAAAACGAUUAAUACUGAUGAAAACAACAAAGGACAAAAACGACCAAAACAAAUCAAAAAGAAGAAAGAUGAACAUUCGGAUGAGGAAGAGGAAGAUAGCGAUAGUGAUGAUAUCCAGAGAAAACGUCAAAAAUCAAGUUCACUGAUCACACCGCCGAAAUCGAAACCAAAAAAACAACUGAAUAUCGAUUUUUCGAAAUAUAACGGUGUGCCGGCGUUUUUAAACGAUACACUACCUGAUAAUAUUACUGAACAUGAUAUUGAAUUGUUCUUAGAAACGAAGCAAAAUGCUGCUAAACUCAUCUCUGAUUGUUCCGAUAAAUUUGUCCAACCGUCACCAUCUAAACACGUCGAAGAACCAUCUCGUUGGCCACCAUUUAUUGUAUUUGGUAAUGAUUUGAUUAAAACGUGGUAUUCAUCAUCAUACCCACAAGAAUAUGCACGUGUUCCACGUUUAUUUAUUUGUGAAUUUUGUUUGAAAUAUAUGAAAUGUGAGGAAGUUUAUGAAAGACAUCGACAAAAUUGUCAAUCCCACCAUCCACCUGCCAAUGAAAUUUAUCACAAAGAAAACAUAUCCGUAUUUGAAGUUGAUGGUAAUAUUAGUCGUAUCUAUUGUCAAAAUUUAUGUCUAUUAGCCAAAUUGUUUCUUGAUCACAAAACGCUAUAUUACGACGUUGAACCAUUUUUAUUUUAUGUAUUAACACGUAACGAUCAAAAUGGUUGUCAUUUUAUUGGCUACUUUUCAAAAGAAAAACAUUGUCCACAAAAGUAUAAUCUUUCGUGUAUUACAGUGCUGCCUAAUUGUCAACGAAAAGGCUACGGACGUUUUUUAAUUGAAUUAAGUUAUUUACUAUCGCGAAAAGAAUGGCAAGUGGGUACUCCAGAAAAACCAUUAUCUGAUUUGGGUCGAAGAACAUAUGAGACAUAUUGGAAGUAUAAGAUAAUUAAACAACUUUUGGAUUAUAAUCAUUAUAAUAAAGUCCAUUGUAAUCUAAAACAAAUUAUGUACGAUACGGGAAUGGCAACCGAUGAUAUUAUUGACGCAAUGCAAAAUCUUCGAAUAUUAACAAUGAAAACAGACGGAAAACCGGUGAUUACAUUUGAUGUUGAUCAUUUUGAACUAUUGUUGAAACAAGAAAAUGAUAAACAUAAAAAUUGGAUCAUGCUAGAUCCCGAAUUUUUACGCUGGACACCUGUAUUAACACCACAAUUAUUGACAAAUGAAGAAAAAGCAAUUGAAAAACAAGUGAAAGAUAUACAAAUUGUAUUCAAAGGGUUCGAACGUGAUACAGCCGAAGCUGCAACUUCGUUAGCUACUACACCAAAUGCAUUAACAGAUGGCACAAGCACAACACGUUAUAUCAAACGACGUAAAUUUGGCAGUAGAAGAAAAUCGGUCUAUGUGAAAUGUCGAAAAUCAAUCAAAUUAGAAAACGAUAGGACAAUAGGUGAUGAAAAAAAUGCAAAGGAAAGGUCGUCUGUCACUAUCAAUGGACAUAAUGGAGACGGGGAAGAAGAAAGCCGUGAUAGUAACAAUAGAUCAGCAGAAUAUUCACAACAACAAACAAUAACUGAUAUUAAAUGUGAUAGUCCAAAUUUAAAAGCGAGUGAAACAACAGAAAAUGAAAAAGAACCUGAAGAAAAACAGCAAGAUAUGUGGAAAAGACAAUCUACACUGAAACAAUCGAAACUUGAUCAAUUUUUCAUUGACAAAAAGAAAGAAACAGUGUUGUCCAAUGGUUUUGAUAGUAAAAACAACGAUCAAGAAGAGAAAAACAUUUUUGUGUUAAGCAUCGAUGAAGAAGAUGAGGAAGAGGUUGGUGAAAGUGCCAGUCAAACUUUAUCAAAGAAAAAAUUAACGAAAACAGUAGAAAACGUCGUAUCAAAUGAAAAUCAACACCAUCAACACAAAUUGAGAACUCGACAUAAUAAUAACAUUAAUAAUAUUCAUAAUAAUAAUAACAUCAGUGUUUCACGGUCUGAUACGACAAUGGGUACAACAAAUGGAGAUAAAUUAACAAUCCAAAACUCAAAAUCUAUUCAACAUUUAACAAGUCAGAUCAGUGAUGGCGGUCUGUCAACAUCAUCAUGCGAGAGUAUAUCAACAGCCAUCAUGCCGUUACCAUUUAAAAAACGAGCAUGGACAUCGUCAAGUUUGCAGACACUAGACACCCUAAAUGUAGAUACAUUGAUAGGAUCUCAAGCAAUAACUGAGAAUUCGAAAGAAGAGUCACAGGCUACUUUACUAACAGCAACAAUAAACAACAACAAUAGCAUGAAGAAUGAAUGCGACACAUUAUCAUCGACUUCAUCUACAUUAAAAUUAUCCUCUUCGUUAACUUCUUUGCCGUUAAGUGCAAAUGAUAUUCAAUUAAACAAUGAUUCGGAUACGGCAAGUUUAACAAAUGGUAGUUCAAUAAUUCCCUCCACGCCGUCAUUAUCGGAUAUUGUUGAACCAUACAUAGAACUAAAAAAACAGCAAGAAUUGCAUCGUUCUCAAUCUCAACAAUCCACCAUUAGUUUAUUAUCAUCAUCAAAUGGAAAUGAUCCGGAUGAAGAAGCAGAAAAGAAAAUUGCCAAAAUUGAAAAAAGUUUAAAAACAACCGUUGAACACGAUUUAUUUGGUGCAACAAAUGAUGACACCAUUGAAGAUAAUGAUCAAACAAAAUCAUUUUCAACUUCGACAUCAGCCAUCAAUACAUCAUCGUCUUCAAUUGGUUCUCCAGUCGCAAAAGGCCAUUAUCAUUCAAUGAAGUCCAGAACAUCACCCGAGUCAUCAACGAUAGCUACAAAUGAUGAUAAUGAUCAACCACCAAGUCUCACGUGUCCAACAAAUAUGAUUGUUUCAACAUCAAGUCAUUAUAAUCAUCAUAAAACAUCGUCUCCUUUAAAACCUCAGCAACAACAGCAUCCACCAGCAAAUCGUACACCAAAUAACAAUUUUAAUCAUAAUACAACUACGGCCUAUAACUUUAGUAAUUCAACAACGAUCCCAGAUUAUCGUUAUCCUUAUCCUUCUUCUUUACAAACACAACAACAAGAGCAAGCACCAUCUCAUCAUCAUCAGCAUAACAUACCGGCAGCCACUCAUUUUCCACCACCUUUGAAUCCAUUUUAUCCACCAAUAAAUUAUUAUCCACAAAUGAAUUAUUAUAAUUCUCUUACACCUUAUGUACACUUAAAUUAUGGUCAACAAUAUCCCUUAGCAGCAUCUGUCUACGGUAGUAAUUUUAUUCCAGAACAACGUUUUUCUAUGUAUGAUCCAUCAUCAUACAAUACGAACAUGAAUAAUACUCAAUUAACAUCCUAUCAGUAUCCAACAAAUACUAAUACGAAUAUAUCGUCAACACGUCGUCGAUAA